GGCCGGGGUGGCGGGGUGACCGCGCCUUCGCGGGGCCGCCGGCCCGGCGUGCGGGGGCCCUGAGCUCCCUCGCGGCCGCCCGGUCAGCCCAGGGCUCUGCUGGGGCGGGCGGGCAGCUGCAGGCACAGCUUCGGCGGCGGGCACGCCGUGGUGACCUUGAUUGCGCAAGAGCCUACGGCAAAUUUUAUCAGUGAGCGGCUAGAGAAAAUAGCAAAACCUCCCUUCUUUCGCGUGGUUCUUUGCCGCAAGUGUUCACGGCGUGGGUUUAUUUGACCGCCCGUUUUUCUCACGUGUUCUCAGGUUUCUGCAUAUCUGGAGGUGAUAAUGUGGGCUCUCGUGUUACAGUGCUGGCUGGAGCAGCGGUACUGAGCUGCCUGUGUUUUAUGUGCUCCCCUCCUGCGUUACGAAGGCUUGCAAGCUUUCCCCGUGGUUUCUGGAGAGGUUCUCAAAGCUCCACCAAGCUUCUCUGAGCAGGGGCGCUUGCAGCUUGGUCAUGGUAAUGCAGAUAGAGUCCUUUGGCUGAAACAAGACCUGCUGGGCUUCAGCAGGUGUUCAGCUGGUCAGGCUAAAACUUGGGUUUCUCCAUCUUGUGUUCUAUUUUAACGGAGUAAGAACAUGCUAACAUAUACCUUGGUGGAGCCUGUGUGUCGUGUGGCAGGUUGGUAGUGUCAUCCCUGUAAUCUUUAGCUGCAACGGCCUUACCCGUGACAGUUUUCUCAGCAUACUGGGACAAAGGCUUAGUUUGAGCUUCUGGAGGUGUGAAGUAAAAUGGAGAACAUUUUAGUCUUGGAGCUCUGACAAUGUGAAUCCCAGGCUGAAGGGUUCCUGCAGCCCCCAGGGACUUAUUCACACACGUGCCAAGAUAGAAAUAACUGAACCGAAUGUAAUUUAGAUUUUGCUGCCCUGGUGCAAGGUCAUCUGUGUAUGGAAACCUAUUUUGGUUUGAAACAGGAUGCUCUUCUCAAAUGAGCAUCCGUAGUUAGAAGUGCUGUGAAGCAAUACAAGAUCUCAAUUUUGCUCAUUCCGUGUCUUAAGUUCCUGUUUCCAUCCAGUUCAGUCACACACAGUAGAGACUUUGCAGCUGAUAAGGCGCAGCUGUCUCGAAGAUGGGAGCCUGGGUGCAGGGGUGAUUCCAGACAUACCUUUUUUGGGACGGAACGUGAAGCUGAAAUUCUGCCUGCUUGUGAUGGAGGCCUCCAGGGCCCUGACCCUGCGUCCUGCCGCGCUCUCCUGUUUUUCUGACCAAAACUAUGUCCUAUUCCAUGAACAGAAAUAGAAAAUUGGCCGGGGCUGUGUCCUGUUCCCGGACGCGGUGGGAGGACCGGGCGUGCGGAGGAGUACGUCAGUUUAACGUCUAAGCAACCUGUGUGUGCCAGCAGUACCUACUGCCUUUUCAAAAUGACGGAGUGAUAACGCGAGCAGGCGAGUGAGGGUUUUAGCAGUGUGUCUGCUUCGGUUUGAUGGGAUUAUUUCCUGCAGAGUGCAGGAACUCAGUGAGGUAGUUGAUAAUUUUUUUCCAGUUUUGCCUUAGCUCAUACUUCUCUGCCUGUGGGAAGAGCAAGUCAAUGUCAAAGUGCAGGGCUUGUAGUUGAAGGAAGGAACAAUAAGACCAUUCUCUUGCCGAGUCCCUUGCUAUUUAACUUCAGAACUUGACCUGCCGUGCUGGCAGCGUGAUGCUUCUGUAGCAAAUACAUCAUCAGGCUUGAUCUGAUCAUGUACCCAGCAGCUCUUGAACUUGCCGAACUUGUUGAAGAGGAAUACCGAGAGUUAAAAAUGCUCUACAAACUCACAGUAAUACAUUAAUUUCUGAAAAUGUAUUCCUGUGCAAUAUAUGCGUCCCAGCAGAAGCCCAGCAGUGUGUGUGGUCGGUCACCUCAGUGGAAUGCUCGAAACGGACAGUGAAGCCAACAGAAAAGUAUGCCUAGGAUAAACUAAUACAAGCGGAGAUGAGCUAGCAAGAAAAUGGAUGAGAGUGAGUGAAAAGGACAUAGACAGUGUUGGGGAUGCUAGGAGAAGGGGAGGUGUGUGUGACUGCUGGCAUGGGCUGCAGGACAGCCUCCUCUGGGGUGGUGGGCUGCCCUUGGCUUUGCCAUCUUGGCAGGGUGUGAGGCUCGGGGUGCUGGAGCUGCGCUGCCAGUUGGCAGAGGGCUUUGUGCUGCCAGGGCAACACAGGCCCCAUGUUACACAUCUCCCAGGGAGCAGAGCCGCUGUGCCUGCUGGAAGUAGGUACUUUGCAGCAGGAGGUCCCUCAGCAGAGCACUGGUGGGCAUUGUGUCGUGACGGAUCAAACUGAGACCCUGGCUGGACUGUCAGUGUGUGGUUUUCUGACUAAAUGUCACUGCCUGCUGCCCACACUUCCUCUGCUCUUCUCCCCUGCCUGUACCUUGUGGCUUGCCCUGCAGGCUGGCAGCCUCUGGAGUUAGGGGUGACAGGACAGGACAGAGUGCCGCUUGCUCCAGUUUGUGUAAAAGGCCAUCAGCCCUCUGGCCUCAAACUCCCUGGUGCCAAGAAUUCUGGAAGGCUGGUCGGCAGCUCUGCCUGGAGGCUGCCUGCUGCAGGGCACCACAGCACCGGUCUCUGCUACCCUCUCCGUGCACUGUGGCCCACAGAGCUGGGUUGAAGCAGGGGGCUAUGCUGCACUGCUGGGGGGUCAGGAAGGGGUCUGUGCCACCCCCUCCAGAGGUGCCAAACCCUGGGCAGGAGGAGGCAAAGAAGAUAAAGCAGGGGCUUGGCUGAGGGCAGAAGGAGGGUGGUGUGGCAGAGGCUGGCAGAGUCCCUGAAGGCCUCUCCUGCAGCCAGGCACCCCGUCUCUGCGUCUUGUCCUGCGGCCAUCCUACCUCUCUGUGCUCCGUGCUGCUUGGGGCUGGUGCCGGAAGGAUGUGCAGUGACUUUCUCUGGUGGAGGCACAUCCUUUCCCCUCUGGCUUUGUCUGAGCAGCCCUGCAGUGUUUUGAAGCUUCUUCCUGCCGCGGGGCUCGCAUCCGGCUUCCCUUCGCUGCCUGGGCAUGUGGGGGGUUGGAUGUCGCCCUGCAUUGAGAACGGCCUACAGGGAGCAUGCUCCCAGCUAAGGGGAGAAAUCUAAUUGUUUUGGGCUGUUCCCAGAAUAACCCUGCAGCACGCAGAGUGGUGGAGGCCCUUCGGCAGAGUUUGGCAAAUGCAGCUUAGUGCAGGAUGGUGAAAGGCCAUCUCCUGGUCAGCUGGUUUGAGUUCUCGGCCACCAUGAUGUUAGGUGGGCGUAUAGGUCAAACUCGCGAUGUUUAAAGAGAACUUCAUUAAAAUAACAAGCUGUCUAACAGGAAUAUUUAUAGAAUGCUGCUCCAUAACUUGAUCUAUUCUUCCACUGUUUUUUAUUUUUAAGUUCAAAGGCACGAUAGAAAAGAAAUGAAACUUUGCAGAAGCCCUGGGGGAGAAGUGCAACGUAACUAAUCAUCUAUACGAUUGCCUGGACAGAGACUCCCCUCUGACCUGUGCAGAGUUCACAAAAACAUUUGUCCGAGUGCGCAAACCGAUUGCGGCUGCUCCGUAUCUGUUCCAGAUGCAUCCUUGGUGCCACCCACACAGCGGGAAGCUCCCACGCGCAGCUGGCCUGGCACAGCAGAGCCUUGCCGUGCUGCGGUGGCUGGGCGCGGGCCCUUCGAGCCCUGCUGCCCCAGCCCUCCUGCUGCGGAGCAGGGUGCGGCACGCUGCCCAGAGACCCGUGGGUUUGUUUCCUGGGCAGAUGCUCUGCCCGCCCGCCACCGCGGCUGCAGGCAAGGGCUGCGGUCGGAGCACCAGGCAGAGGAAGGUGCCGGGUUUGCUGGGCGCUGUGCAGCGGUGGCGGGCAUGGGGAGCUCGGCUCGGCCCUCACUGUCAUGGGGUGCUGCUCUGGGCCCUGCGCCGGUGCCACAUCGUGUCUCACCCUGCGGCUUCCGCGUCUCGCCCUCUCGAGGCGGAAAGCCCUGCUCCCCGUGCUUAGCCGUUGCUGCCGCCAUAGAGGGGCUUUGUGUGAGCCGGAACAAAGUGAGGAUUGAUGCUGUUUCCCCUCCCCCUGCCGCGCUGAGUGGGACCGCAAAGGAUCCAACAAAGCUGCCCUUCUUCCCCCUGCCAAGGACGGGGUGCCGUCGGGCUGAGGGGCUCUGCCCAGCGGCACUGCGCUGCGGGUAGAGGCACCCACCCCCCUUCCUGCGGAGGUGCUGGGGACCCCCAGCACCCUGUCCUCGGUCUCUCCCAGGCUGACCGUGCUGAUGUUCGGGUUCCUGCCAGGGCAGCUGGCCCUCCCUGCAGCAGGCCCCGGCAUGGGGAGCUGGGGUCUGGGCAGCAUUCGGCAGCAGGUCCCCAGCCCGCAUUAGCCCCAUUCCUGCCAUCACCAGUGUGGAAGAGGAGGGAGUGCCAGGGGCUCCCUGCCCAUCUGGGGUUUCCCAGGGCCUGAGAGGGGGCUCAGCCCCUCUGCGUCCCCCCUGAGGUGUCGGUGCCAUCCCGGCCGCCCCUGCUCCCCCUGCCUCUGCGGAGCAAGCGGUGCUUUGCUGGGGUGGUUUGGUGGAGGCGGAAGGUGCCGGGGGAGUGGAUCUGCUUUCCCUCGGUGUAGCUGCAGCUGUGCUGGAACCUGCCGUGCAGUGCUCUUAGCGUGCUGGGGAAUAUUGUCACUUGCCUGGAUUUCAGUUCAAAAUGGCCUACCAGAAGCUCAUAUCAGCAUUUGUUAUCUCCCAGCUCCUCCUGUUGUGUAAUAACAAGUCAUCAUGUUAUCGAGAGUGACUUGGAAAAGUUUCAGAAAAUGUGCAUCUGUAUGAAGAACAGAUUGUAGUCUGGCUGUUCGUGUGACAUUAUUAUUAUUUACAUGGGGCCCGGACUUGCUCUUUUUUAUUGCCUGCAGCACGAUGUUUGUUCAGACUGGGCAUUGUGAAGUGUAAACCCAGGUCCCUCUGGCACCAGCACUCACCUCUGCCUUUUCUAGAAGCAGAUCAGUCCAUAAUGCCUGAAGUGCGAGACCUCUCAGAUGCCUUGCCCGACUUGCCGAUGGAUCCCAUCACGGGUGUUGGCGUGGUUGCAUCCCGGAACCGAGCACCGACAGGUUAUGAUGUAGUUGCACAAACAGCAGAUGGCUUGGAUGCUGACCUCUGGAAAGAUGGCUUAUUUAAAUCCAAGGUCACACGAUACCUGUGCUUCACGAGAUCAUUUUCAAAAGAAAAUAGUCAUUUAGGCAACGUCUUGGUUGAUAUGAAGCUCAUUGAUAUCAAGGACACUUUACCUGUGGGCUUCAUCCCCAUCCAGGAGACCAUCGAUACACAAGAAAUAGCUUUCAGGAAGAAGAGGCUGUGCAUUAAAUUCAUCCCUCGAGAUUCUACAGAGGCAGCGAUCUGUGAUAUCCGAAUCUUGGGAAGAUCUAAACAAGCCCCUCCUCAGUACACGUUCAUAGGGGAGCUGAACAACAUGGGCAUUUGGUACCGGAUGGGCAGAGUUCCACGCAACCAUGAAUCCUCGCAGCCUGCGACUCCCCCUUCCCAAGUACCAUCUUCCACACCAGCUCCUAACCUGCCGAGGCAUAUCUCGCUGACGCUGCCCGCCAGCUUUCGAGGGAAAAGUCACAGCACUCGCCUGGAUUUGGAGCACCAGCACUCAAAUUUGUAUGCCAUAUCAGCAAUGGAUGGAGUGCCUUUUAUGAUUUCGGAGAAGUUUGCCUGCGCUCCUGAAGGGAUGCAGCCGGUUGAUCUCUUGGGCAUCACAAUCAAAACCCUUGCAGAAAUCGAAAAGGAGUACGACUACAGCUUCCGGACGGAGCAGAGCGCGGCAGCCCGCCUGCCGCCCAGCCCCACCAGGUGCCCGCCGGUCCCGCAGUCCUGAGAGGGGCCGCCGGCGCUGGAGCGGGCGUGUGCGUGCAUUACUACUGAACGGGACGUGGGACACAGCGCCGGGGCCGUCCCGGCAGACCUCCGCUCAUCUGGCCAUCGUCGCCUGCCCUGCGCUGCACCACCUCCUCCUGCACACGCCGCUGCACGCGUUGGGACUGCACAGCCCUUUGGCAGCUGCCCCCACCCUCCCUUGCUGCUGCAGCCGCCUCUCCACGUGAGUACGUGACUGGGAGCCUGACGGCAGCCCCUCGGUUGUCCCCACUUCGUAACCCCUGCUGCAGGACAGUCACAAAAAACAGAGCCGUAACAAACUGCUGCAAACAGCGAGCCGUGAGCUCGUGGACCAUCAAGAAUGCUCAGCAGCAAGCCCUAAAAGUAAGGAAGAGUGAAAGAUACAGCUGGUUAAUCCACAAGCCCCCAGGCAUCCCGCCCAAGCUGACACGGAGCUGAUGGACUCUCGGUGCCUCGCCUGGGAUCAACCCCAGACUGUGAUCACCUGCUCACUGUAGGCUGGCGGAGCCCGGGUCAGACCCGCCUUGGGCACAGGCACUGGCAAGGCGGAGGGGCGCAGGGAGCACAAGCUGCACUGCAGUUCCCGAGGUGAAGCACCUCCGCUUUGCACAGGCUGUCCGUGUGUCCGUCAGGACCUAGAGCGACAAACAUCCUGUGUUUCUUUCCGGGCUGGAUGCUGGCAGCAGCCCAGGCAAGCCCCGGCAGCACCGCGCUGACCCCUGGGCGAGCUGCCUGCAGAGCUGGGGCCCUGCUGACAACGCGGAUGCUGUCACCUGCCCGUCACUUUGGACAGUUUUCUAAUAUUUGCCCCGUUAGCUGCUAAAACAAAGAGAUGUGCCUGUUCUCUUGUGCGCUCAUGGGGAAGCACUGAACUCUGACGUAGUGCAGGGUGAGAGUGGGAUGCAUUAAACCCUGACCUCAGCCUCCUUGUGAUCACUGACCUUAGCUCGCUCCCGAGUCAAAUGCAUGUCGUGGAGAAGUCUGUUGCUGUAAUAAGUUGUUUAGAAGUGCCCAUCUGACUCUGUGCUGCUUUUUCAAGUCUCUGCUGUAGAACAAAGCUACGUCAUGGCAGCGAAAUGGCAAUUUUUGAGUAAGUGUUAAAACAAUACAACUUUUUAUAUUGUAAAGUACUGAUUACCUAACCUUAUUGAAAUGCAAUUGCCAUAGUAACAAAUAACAGUAUUGUCGCUCUCAGUCUGGGUCGUACGUAUGCCCUGACCUGCUUUGCACUGCUUUUGAUUGAUCUUGCAUUUUCUAGUCGGACAGAAUGGUGACUAACGGUAGGUUUUGUACUGUCAGCUUGUAUUUUUUAUUUGUACAUAUGUAAAAUAUUUCUUGUCCAAAGAUUCAUUUCUGGUUUAAGGCACCAUACCGUAUCGCUGGGAUAAUGAGCACAAAAUACCGUAACAUUCAGGACAGACUGAUUCCAAGUCUUUGCUUCAACUUCUUCCAAUCAGGUAAAUCAUUUUCUAAAACUGCCUCUGUAAAGCAAGGCUGUGUGAUUGGAAAGCAGAGGCCGGUUCCGUUGCAGGUGUGUCAUACUUGGGCGAAAGAAUUAAAGCUACGCCAUUUGCACCAGCUCUGGAGGUUUGGGUGACCCCCUGGAAGCGCUCGUUUACUUGGAGGUUGCAGCACCAUUUUUAGUUUCUUAUUUAUCCUGCAGGAAAGCAAAGCCAGACCUCACUGCCAAGCUUCACAAAGGCUAGAUUGAUGAUGCCGACAUCGACAAAUGAACAUACCAUGGCAGCCUGGUCAUUCGGCUCAGGUUCACUUGAAGUUCAAAUCCACUCCGUGCUGUAGUACUAUGCCCAUCUCAUCCAUCUUUUGUCCUUCUAUUUUUCUGCUUGCAAUUUGUUCUGUGGUUUUCUGUGGCAUCGUUUAUAGCUUCUCCUGUGGCCUAGUGGACACGGCAGGUAGGUGGAAGCUGCCUGCAGCGGCGCGCGCGUUCCUCAUAGCGUUGGAUGAAGGAGCUGCAGAGCGCUGACCUUCCCUGCUGCUGGUGGUGGAGGAGUGGGGGCUGCAGGCUGGCGCAGGGCAGCCAGCGCAGAGUCUGCAGAGCUCCAGGGGCAGUUCCUGCCGCUGGGAGGUGGGGGGAUGGCUGCCAGGAGCCCCUCCUCGAGCCGUGUCUUCCCAUGCCGAGGGCAGGGCUGACUGCGCAGCAGCCGGAGCGCUCAGUGCGGAGCGGGUUCGGAUAGCUGCUGAGCCCUGUAGUCAGUGGGUCGCUCCCUGGGUAUGUCUCAGAAAAAUGGGUGUGUAGCUUCAAGGCCCUUCCUGUGAGAUUUAGCUUAGACAGCAUCAGUAGGUAAAAUUGGUGCUUUAAUUUUAUAGCAACAGUUACGUUUGCUCAGCCUUCUUAGAGAUAGUGAGCUCAGCUUUCUCUUCACUGACCUACAAGAAACACUGGAUGGCUCCAAACGCUGACCUGGGACAAGCAUCUAAGAAAUCUUCAGGAUCUAUUUGUAUAGUUGGUUCUCGCUUUUCCCUCUCUUACACUGGGCUAACAAAGCUGCUUCAGGGCUGCAUCUGCAAAGAAACUUGCGGGAUUAGUUUGAUCCUCACAGUGUGCUUCUGCCUGUGGCACUGCAAGGAUACCCUGUACCGAAAGCAUGAAUAGCACAAAUGCAGUUCCUGUGGUGCAAACGCAACAGAGGUGUUUUGAGCAGGGCUACAGCUGCUGAGGGCCAGCUGAGCUCAGACCUGCUGAUGGAAGGCUGGAGAACUGUGCGUUUCCAAAGGGGAGAGGGCUCGGAGCCAGUGCUUGGAAGCACGACGAGGCACACCAUGCGGGGUGGUUGACUGCAUGUGUUGUCUUCUCAGUCCAUCAACUAUAAGAAGCUUUUUUAUUGCACCUCCGAACUUCCAAGAUCUUGUACAUCAGGUCAGCAUUUCCACAGGCAGGUUUUAUUGGCUGUUCCGUUACUUUUGUACUCAGAGCAACUCAUUGCAAGGCUGGUCCUUGCAUCCUCCCAGCAAGUCCUCCCCGUUGGCAUGUGCCUUGGUCAGUACCAGCAUCUUCCUCCCUCCCUGUCCAACAGGCGACCGUGGUAGCGUUGGGCCAGGGAGCCUGAUGUUGGUGUUGCCUGGCUGUGGAGGAGCCUUCUGGAGCAUCAGGGGAGGGGAUGAGUCAAUGGAAAGCAACAGAAGUGGAUUUGCAGAGCUUUACCAGAUGUGCUUGGCUACCUUACCUCUAUUUCUAGAACACAACUAGUCUCUAGGUAGCUUAAUCUUGUGUCUGAUGGAGAAAUUAGUUUGCCAGAUUAUCGUAUGUCUGCAACAGAGACAGAAAAGCAGCAGCGAGGGGUUUGCUUACUGUAAAAUACACCUUCUGAUGUGAAUUAGUAGUGACACGCUGCCUCCUGGAUUUCUCACGGCAAAGAGCAGGUAGCGUGCCGAGAUGACUCGUGGGCCAUCCAGGCCAGGCUGUGCUGUCUAAUGUGUUAACAAUGGAAAGGCAAGAAAUUAGUCCAGAAAUUAAUGUAGAGUGUGAACUUUGUGAUAAAAUUAAAGUGUGGACAGUCGUAGCAGGUGUCUUCCCUGUGGGAGCAUCUCAUAGCUGUAGUUACAUAGGAAUAAACUUUGUCAGACUUUUUUCCUUUGACUGUCACCGAGUUUGCCCGUGGCAUCUGUAGGAGAGGAUCCCCUGUGAGCCCCCUGUGUAGUACGAGGUUGUUGGUAGUCUGUAGCUUUGGGCUUGUUUGGUUUCACACCGCCCCUGUCCCCACUGGUUUCCUGAGCUCUCCAGACCGAACCCACACGCCGCAGAGCCUGGAGGAAGCCCCGAUGUGGGCACGGCACGUGCCCGGUGGACGCUGGUGGCGAGGGCGUGCGUCCGCACGUCUGGGCACCUCUUCAGCGGGGCCCUGAAAAUCUCCCCCAGGGGAGGGAAAACGGGAUGCGGCGCCUUUGGAGUUGGCCGGUCCCACGUUGGCCUUCACCUCCCCACUGCCCUCGGGCGCCGCGGGGUCUGUCCCCAGGUUGCCACAAGCCGCUCUCCCAAAGCGGCCCCGGGAGGCCGGCCGGGGUGGCAGCGGGCACGUCCCGCGGCGGCCAGCGGAGCCGCUCACCGGAGAGCCGUUCCCACUCCUCCCGAAGGGCCUGCGCCUCUCGCUGCGUUCAAAUAAUUACCUCAGCCUUCGAGCCUUGACGAACAGAUGGGAAUCUCUCCCGGCAGCGGGGCAGCCGAGCAGUGCCGGUGUUGGUUAUCCGGAGCCAUAGAACUCCGACAGCGUUGCAGUAGGGAGGGUGCUCCUCUGCUCAUGAAAAAGCUCAGUAAGGUGCUGCUCAAUUCACUCAACACAGGGAAACCAAACAGUUUGGAUAUUCUGGUUGUUUAUUGUGAAACUGUUUCCUAACAGCAACAGUUUUAAAUGUCAUCAUGCAAAUGGAAGAGAGAAACCUUUUAUGCAGUUGCAAAGUGUUUUUCUAAGAUGCUAUGCAUUUUGUUGGGUUAUUGAAAGUGAAUUUACUGUGCAUUAAUCUUAUGAAUGUUACUAUGUUUUAUAUUUAUUUUAGAUGACCCUCCUGUAUUUUACAAAGGGAAGUUUCAUUGUGUGAUAACUUAGUCUGUAUUCUUAAUAUAAUUUGUUAAAUAAAACUUGUUUUAAUCUGUU